GCAGCUGCCUGAAAAAUAUAGCCAGCCAGCUAUGUGCUUUUAGAUUCGCUUGAUAAUUUUCAUCGCAGCCAGCUUGUUAGCUAGCAUGCCAUUGAAUAUUUAGUUUAGAUAGCUCGAAUGGUAGCUAGCUACCUUGCUUUGCUUUUAUUUUCCAGUUUUAAACGUCACAACUGAUAUUUGGCGCAUAAUCAGCCUGCAGAUCUGGUAGAUCGCAAUUUGUUUUAUUUUAAAUUUACAUUUGAAACCUUGCUAUUUUAGUGUACCGGCAUAAUGGCAUCCAAUCGAGCACAAGGAGGAGUAACUGAUAUUUCAGCGGCAGACUAUCCCAAUCAAGAAAACGUGCUUUCGAGGUUGAGAGUUGCAGCAAAAAGUGGAGUUGAAAAUCAAGAGAAUAUAAACCCCAAACCAUCCAACAGGACUGUCUUAGGAGUCUUGCAGAAUAACCAACGGAGCAGACCACACUUGCAGCGCGGCGCAAAACAGGGUACGUCCUCUCAAGUGCUGUCCUGCAAGAAUGAAGACUCUGGCAAAGGUUUUGCUGAGAGAGCGGGAAGCAAACAGCCUGCUUUCCAGAUCCAUAUGGACGAGCCCGAUGGCGCUUGCACUAAGAAGCAAGUGUCUAAAACCAAGUCCCCUUCAGAGAAUGCCCUUGCAUUGCAUCCAUCCGUAACGCGCCUAAGACAGCCUCUCUCCACUAUCGACAUAUCAAUGGAUGCAGGUUUUGAUUCUCCCAUGGAUAUGUCCAUAGUUGAUGCCGAAGAGAAGCCAGUAAACACGAACGAAGUAACUGAUUAUGCUGCUGAAAUCCACACAUACUUGAGGGAGAUGGAGUUAAAGUGCAGGCCAAAAGCUGGCUACAUGAAAAAGCAGCCAGAUAUCACGAACAGCAUGCGGGCCAUCCUGGUCGACUGGCUGGUCGAGGUCGGGGAGGAGUACAAGCUCCAGAAUGAGACGCUCUACCUGGCGGUCAACUACAUCGACCGCUUCCUGUCCUCCAUGUCUGUAUUGAGAGGCAAACUGCAGCUGGUCGGGACCGCAGCCAUGCUGCUGGCUUCGAAAUUUGAAGAGAUCUAUGCCCCAGAGGUGGCAGAGUUCGUCUACAUCACCGAUGACACCUACACAAAGAAGCAGGUGUUAAGGAUGGAGCACCUCAUCCUCAAAGUCCUGUCGUUUGAUCUCGCCGCUCCGACCAUCAACCAGUUUCUCACCCAGUACUUCUUGCACCAGCCUGUCGACAGCAAGGUUGAGAGCUUGUCAAUGUUCCUUGGGGAGCUGAGUUUGGUGGACUCAGACCCUUUCCUGAAAUAUCUUCCAUCCCAAACAGCAGCAGCUGCCUUUGUGUUGGCCAACUAUACACUUACAAGGGGCUCAUGGUCCCGGGCUCUGGUGGAUGUGACGGGCUACAGCCUCGAGGAUCUCAUGCCGUGCGUCACAGACCUGCACGAAACCUACCUCAACGCCGCCCGGCACUCCCAGCAGUCAGUGCGUGAGAAGUACAAGGGCUCAAAGUACCACGAAGUCUCCCUCAUUGAGCCACCAGAGAAACUGUUCCUGAACUGAUUUCCUUUGUAAUAAAAUGCAAAGAGCGUUUUGUAGGUUUUUAUAUACAGUUAUUUUUGUAAUGAAAAG